AUGGCUAAGAAGAAGAAGCAGAACAAUUCUACACCUCAAUUAGCACAACAUAGGAAUUCUAAUGAUCCAGUUUUUGAUACAAUUUUGCAGAAUUUGCGAAACUCGGGUUCUACUUUUGUGCCAAGCCCAAUUCAAGAGGCAGAUGAGCUGGUCACUCCGGUGCCGGCACUGGUCAAUCCGUCUUGUGGUUCUAUUCCCCGGAGUGAUGCUGAGACUAUUGCACUAUUUGCUGAAGCCAUUUCUACACCAGCAUCCUUGAUUUCCAAUAGAACAGGUCCUGAAACUCUUAGUCGUAUUGGUAGUCUGCUUGGUAUUCCAAUUUGUUCUGAUGAAUGCACUACUAGACAACUAAGAGUUUCCUUUGCCAAAGUUUUGAUAGAGAUUGAUGUUACCAAGCCCUUUCCUAAAUCUGUGUUUGUGGAAAGCCCUUCAAAGGAAAUUCUGGAACUUAAGGUAGUCUAUGAAUGGACCCCACCUUUUUGCUCUAAAUGCAAUAAAGUUGGCCAUGAUUGUUCUGCCAAAGCUCCAACAGUUUCUAAGCAAUUAGUGACUGCAGCUCCCAAGCAGUCAGUGACUACAGCUCCCAAGCAGGAAGUCUGGGUUGCUAAAACCAACCAUGUUGUUCCUGCUACUGCUGCUACUGCUGAUUUCACUAUUCAUGGGCAGUCUGUCAUCAAUCCAAAUGUUUCUACUGCUCAGAAUGACUCAGAUGCAGGUUGGAGAAUAGUUGGGAGGAAAACAAAGAGCCAACAUACUAGAGUUAAUCAGCCAGCUGUUACCUCAAAUGCUUUUGUGGCUUUAAUUGAAGAUGAGACAGAAGGUGAUGGUGGUUUUACUAUCAAUCCAAUCAGGGGUGAGACAAAAGUGAAAGCUAAAAAUAGUAUUGGUGUUCAGAAGAAAUUUGGCCCUUCCUGGACUUGGGUUUGUAACUAUUGCUGCUCUCCUAAGGGUAGGAUUUGGGUUGGCUGGAAUGCUGAUAGAGUUACUGUUAACAUUGUGGAAAUCCAUGAGCAAUUCAUUCAUUUCAUUGUUUGUAACAAGGACUUAUCUUCUAAGAUUCAGCACACCUUUGUAUAUGGUAUGCACUCUAUUCAUGAUAGGCUUCCUCUUUGGGAAGGUAUUAAAAAUAUCUCUUUGCAGCAAAUUCCUUGGUUAUGUGUUGGAGAUUUUAAUUAUGUUCUUAACUCUCAAGAUAGGCUUAAUGGAAAUAGUGUUACUGAGUAUGAAACUAGAGAUUUUCAGAAUUUUGUUGAUGAGCUGGAUCUUACUGAGAUUAAGAUUAAAGGGGCUUUUUACUCUUGGUCUAACAAAGCUCAUUCUGGUCCUAGGACUCUUACUUGGAUUAAUAGAGCUUUUGGUAAUCAAAGUUGGCUUGAUGCUUAUGGGCAUGUGGAGACUACACUGUCUCCCAUUCUUAGAAUACUGAAGUUUGAUCAGGCUCACAAUGAUCUUUUAGACAUUCAGAACUUGAUUAUUCAGAAUACAGAAGACAGUGAGCUUCAUGUUAAGGAAGCUGAUGCUAUUGCAGUUUUGCUCAAGGACCCUGCUGCUGUUACAACUGAAAUUCUUGAUUUCUAUAAGUCUCUCUUAGGGACUAAGGCUCCUUGUCUCCCUGCUGUUGAUUUGGUCACUAUGAGAAGAGGUAAGAAGCUUAGUUCUUAUGCUCAGCAGUUUUUUAUCCAGCCUGUUUCUCAUUCUGAGAUUGAUAGUGCUCUUAAGAGCAUUGACAACUCAAAGGCCCCUGGUAUUGAUGGUUUUAACUCUUUCUUUUUUAAGAAAGUCUGGCAUGUUUCUAAAGAUGAUAUUUAUGCUAGUGUGCUUGAUUUCUUUGAGAAUGGGGUUUUGCAAAGGCAAUGGAAUUGCACUUCUAUUACUCUGGUUCCUAAAGUUCCCAAUGCUUCUCAUGUCAAGGAUUUUAGGCCCAUUGCUUGUUGCACUGUGGUUUAUAAGCUCAUUUCCAAGAUUAUUACUGCUAGGCUUGCUUCUGUUAUUCGAAAUUUCAUUGAUGAUGCUCAAGCAGGCUUCAUUCUUGGGAAGCACAUUGGUGAUAACAAUUUACUUGCAACUGAGCUUAUUAAGGGUAUAAUCACAGCAAAGAAAGGUUUGAGACAAGGUGAUCCUAUGUCCCUCUUUCUUUUUGCUAUUGCUAUGGAAUACUUAUCCAGAUGUCUCUAUGAGCUAAGCUUGAACCCUGAUUUCAAUUUUCACCCUAGAUCUUCAAGUCUCUCUACUAAUCUUGAUAAAAGUGAAGUCUAUUUUGGUGGUGUUCCUGUUGAUAUUCAGACUAAGCUUAGUGAUCUUCUUGAGGUCUCUCAGGGUUCUAUUCCUUUCAAGUAUCUUGGUGUGCCCUUUUCCUCUAAGAAGCUUACUAUUUCCCAGUGUAAGCCUCUAGUUGAAAAGGUUACUGCAAGAAUUCAAGGGUGGAUGGCUAAACACCUUUCUUAUUCUGGGAGGCUUCAGUUAAUUAAGAGUGUUCUUUUUGGCAUUCAGACAUACUGGGCUCAAAUUUUCAUUUUGCCUAAGAAGAUCCUGAAGGAGAUUGAAGCUAGGUUCAGAUGUUUCCUUUGGACUGGCUCUUCUGCUCCUCCUAGGAAGUCCUUAGUUUCUUGGAACAGUGUCUGUCUUCCUAAAGUUUGUGGUGGCUGGAAUCUUCUUUCUCUCCCUGAGUGUAACAAAGCUGCUAUCACAAAGCUUCUCUGGGAUAUUGCUCAUAAAGCUGAUGAUUUAUGGGUAAAGUGGGUUCACAUUUACUAUUUCAAAUAUAAAGAUAGCUGGACUGCCCCUAUCCCUGCUAAAUGCUCUUGGUUCUUAAAGAAAAUUCUGAGUUGUAGAGAUGUAGUGAAUGAUCUAGGGGGAUGGGAUGACUUUAUUCAGGAGAAUGAGAAUGUGCAACAUUUGUUCUUUGAUUGUGAGUUUUCUAGACAGAUUUGGAGCAGAGUCUUGAGUACUUUUCAUGUGCCAAAGCCUGCUCAGAGAUUUGAUAAAGAAGUUGCUUGGAUCAAAAGCAUUGCAGAAAGUCUAACACUAAGAGUCAAUUGCUGCAUGUUGCUUUCACUGAGACUGUUUAUAGCAUAUGGACUCAAAGGAAUUCUGUGCUUUUUACAGGGAGCUGUAAAACCGUUGGCAGUGUUGUCAGAGAUAUAA